AUGUCCGUAUCUAAAAUUGCUUUCAUAUUGAGUGCUAUUGCCUCUUUAGCUGUUGCCGAAACUGCCGCUCAAACUGCCGAAUUACAAGCUAUUAUCAGUGACAUCAACUCUCAUCUCUCUGACUACUUGGGUCUGGAGACUGGAAACAGUGGAUUCCAAAUUCCUUCCGAUGUCUUGAGUGUCUACCAACAAGUCAUUACUUACAGUGAUGACGCCUACACUACUUUGUUUAGUGAGUUAGACUUCGAUGCAAUCACCAAGACCAUUGUUGCAUUGCCAUGGUACACCACAAGAUUGAGUUCAGAAAUCGCUGCUGCUGUUGCCUCUGUUUCUCAAGUUUCUUCCAAGGCUGCAUCCUCAUCUGCAGCUUCAAGCUCUUCUAAGGCUGCAUCCUCAUCCGCAGCUUCAAGCUCUUCCAAGGCUGCAUCCUCAUCCGCAGCUUCAAGCUCUUCCAAGGCCGCAUCCUCAUCUGCAGCUUCAAGCUCUUCCAAGGCCGCAUCCUCAUCUGCAGCUUCAAGCUCUUCCAAGGCCGCAUCCUCAUCUGCAGCUUCAAGCUCUUCUAAGGCUGCAUCCUCAUCCGCAGCUUCAAGCUCUUCUAAGGCUGCAUCCUCUUCAGCAACUUCAUCCUCUUCUUCAGUUGGAACCGCUUCUAAUGCUGGUCAAAGAGUCAAUGCUGGCGCUGGCUCUUUUGGUGCAGUUAUUGCCGGUGCAGCUGCUUUGUUGUUAUAA